CGUCUGCCCCCCCCCCGUCUUGAGAUGGACUUCCUGCAGAUGAAGCACCUGAAGCGCAAGCGGAAGAGCAACUACAGCGUCAAGGAGACGCAGGCGCUCAUCCGCGAGAUCCACAAGCGCCGCGACGUGCUCUUCUCGCGCCAGCAGAACACGGCCAUCAACGAGCUGAAGCGCCGCGCCUGGGACGAGGUGGCCGACUGCGUCAACGCGCUGGGCGAGGGCGAGCUGCGGACCGCCGCCGAGGUCAAGCGCCGCUACCUGGACUGGCGCUCGCUCAUGAAGCGCAAGCAGAUCCGCGCCGAGCUGGCGUCGGGCCUGAAGGCCGGCGGGGGCGGCCAGUACGAGGCGCCGUGCCUGUCGCCCGACAACGACGCCUCGCUCAGCGGCGGCGACCAGUCGCUGGACGUGAGCGGCUUCGCCAAAGAGGCGGCGUGCGACUGGCAGGACCUGUCGGACCUCGGGGAGCCGAGCAGCCACACGCUCUCAGGGGUCAAGAUGGAGGAUGAUGACGCUAACGGCUACAGGCUUGAGGGCGACGCUGGUGAGGUGGGCGAGGGUGAAGUGGACGGAGAGGAGGACGAUGACGACUGCUUCCCCUCCAUCUUGCCCGACAUCGACCGCGAGGGCCGCGUCCCCGAGGUCUUCUCCCACAUCGACGAGUUCGGCAUGCUCAGCUCCUCCAAGGCCUCCUCCGUCAGCACCGGCGGCCGGGACCUGGGCCUGGGCGUGGGCAUGGGCAUGGGCAUGGGUGGCGUGGGCCUGGGCGGGGCUGGCCUGGGCGUGGGUCUGGCGGGCAUGGGCCUGGGCGGCGCCCACGAGAGCACGGGCCUGCUGAUCGCCCUGGAGAAGCAGCGGCUGGACCUGGAGAAGCACCGGCUGCAGGUGGAGUCGGAGCGGCUCGGCGUGGAGAAAGAGCGCCUCCUGCUGGAGAAGGAGCGCAUGCGGCAGGCGGAGAACGAGCGCGAGCGCGUGCAGCUGGAGCGCGAGCGCCUGCAGGUGGAGCGCGAGCGGCUGCGUCUGCUCAUGUGCCAGACGACCGCCGCCGCCCAGCACUGCGGCCUGCCCUCGUCCACCUCCACGGGCGCCGCCGCCACGCCCAGCACCUCCUCCUCCACCUCCUCCUCCUCGCUGUCCUCCUCCAGCGCUGCUCCCACCUCCUCCACGCUGGAGGGGCCGGACAAGGACAGGAAGCCCGUGUGGCUCCCGGCCGUGGACCUGGAGGCCGAGAAGCUGAAGCUGGAGAAAGAGCGCCUCCUGCUGGAGAAGGAGCGGCUGCAGUUCUUCAAGUUUGAGUCGGGCCGGCUGCAGAUCGAGAAGGAGCGCCUGCAGGUGGAGAAGGAGAGGCUGCAGCUGCACAAGGACGGCCAGCAGAUGGCGCUGCACUAAGGACACUAACCUGUGAGACACUUGUGCUCAGCAUCUGCAGAAGGAGAGCGAUACGCUCUGUAUGGGCAGGGAGGGGAGAGAGUGUCCGAAAGAGCCAGAUAUGGCGGAGCAGAGGUGUGUGUGUGUGUGUGUGUGUGUGUGUGUGUUUGUGU